GGGGGGCGCUGCGCAGGGCGCAUGCGCGGCGCGGCCAGCGGGCUGACGGGAGCCGGCGGCGGGACAAUUGAGUGUCGAGGCGGCGGCUGAGAGCAGUACAACUAAAUAUGAGGCGAUCAGCAGCUCCAAGUCAAGUGCUAGGAAAUGUAGCCAAAAAGCCAAGGUUUAUACCACCAGGAAAAAGUAUCACAGUUUGUCUCAAGAAUGAAAUGAAAGAGAUGGACCAAGAAAUUAAAUUAAAGGAGAUUGAUGAGAAAGAGGGAAGUGCUUCAUUGCUUUCUGAAAUAUAUGGCCAGAAUCAAAAUGCAGAUUUUACACAGUCUGUGGAGUCAACUGGAAAAGUAAAGACUACAGAAGUGUGUUUCAGUGUUAAAAAGUGUAGCAAGGUGGAAAUGAAAACACUAAAUACACCCAAAGCUGAUGCACUGUAUUUGCCAACAUUAGGGGCAGCAAAGGAAGAAGCAGCUCAGGAAGAACCUGACUGCCUUGCGAAAUAUUUCAGUGUUGUGUGGUGUAAGGCAUCAAAGAAAAAGCACAAGAAGUGGGAAGGCGAUGCUGUUCUUAUUACAAAAGGAAAGUCAGUAAUAUUGAAAGAUAUGGAAGGCAAAGACAUUGGAAGAGGUACUGGAUAUAAAUCUAAAGAGCUAGACAGUCUUGAUGAAGGUCAAACACUGAUGGUUGGAGGAAAAGAAAUUGAAGUGAUGGGUGUAAUUUCAGCAGAUGACUUCAGCAGUGGCAGGUGUUUUCAGGCUGGAAUAGGGAUGCAUGACACAGUCCCAACUGCUUUUUCUCAAACUAAUAUGAAACCAUUCUGUAAACCAUUCAAAAGUGUUUCUCAGCCCAAUACUAAAGAGAAUAUGCUCAAAGAUUCUCAAAGCUACAAACCUCGCCACGAUCCAAAUGCUUCAAAUUCUCUAGUUAUGCCAAAACCAAAUGCAAGUCAUCAGUGGAUGUUCAAUAAGGCUGGUUUACCUAUGGUGGAUGUAGUUGUGGAUCCUUACAUUGCAAAUAACCUCCGACCACAUCAGAAAGAAGGAAUUCUAUUUCUGUAUGAAUGUGUAAUGGGAAUGAGAGUUAGUGGCAGAUUUGGAGCUAUUCUUGCUGAUGAAAUGGGCUUAGGAAAAACAUUGCAAUGCAUUGCACUUGUCUGGACUCUUCUGCGUCAAGGAGUCUAUGGAUGCAAACCUGUACUAAAGCGAGCACUAAUUGUCACCCCUGGGAGUCUGGUAAAAAACUGGAAAAAAGAAUUUCAGAAGUGGUUGGGAAGCGAAAGGAUCAAAGUCUUUACAGUUGAUCAGGACCACAAGGUAGAGGAAUUCAUUGGUUCUCCACUUUAUUCAGUUAUGAUAAUCAGUUAUGAGAUGCUACUGCGAUCUUUGGAUCAAAUUCAGGCUAUAGAAUUUAACCUCCUAAUCUGUGAUGAAGGACAUCGUCUGAAAAAUAGCUCUAUUAAGACAACUACAGCCCUCACUAGUCUGUCUUGUGAGAGGAGGAUUAUCCUUACUGGUACUCCAAUCCAAAAUGACUUGCAAGAAUUUUAUGCAUUAAUAGAGUUUGUGAAUCCAGGAAUACUUGGUUCUUUAUCCACAUAUAGAAAGAUAUAUGAGGAACCAAUUGUCAGAUCUAGAGAACCUUCAGCAACAAAGGAGGAAAAGGAAUUAGGAGAAAAAAGAGCAGCAGAACUCACACGCCUCACUGGACUCUUUAUUCUAAGGAGAACACAGGAGAUUAUAAACAAAUUUCUGCCCCCCAAAAAGGAGAGCAUAAUCUUCUGCCGACCAACAGCACUGCAACUUGAAUUGUAUCAAAAACUGCUUAAUUCUCGAGUUAUAAGGUCCUGUCUACAAGGCAGGCUAGAAAACAGUCCUCACCUAAUAUGUAUAGGAGCUUUGAAAAAACUUUGCAAUCAUCCGUGUCUUCUGUUUAAAGCUAUAAAGGAGAAAAGCUGUGAUCCUGUGUCUGAUGAACAUGAUGAGUCUAGCCUCUACGAAGGUCUAAUAGAUGUCUUUCCACAAGAUUAUAGUUCGGACACUUUCUCUGAAACUGAUUCAGGAAAAUUGCAGGUGCUGGUGAAGUUGUUAGCAGCAAUCCAUGAGCUCAACUCUUCUGAAAGAGUUGUACUGGUAUCCAAUUACACUCAGACAUUAAACAUAUUACAAGAGACUUGCAAACGUUAUGGAUACUCUUACACUAGACUUGAUGGACAUACUCCUGUCUCCCAGAGACAACAGAUUGUUGAUACUUUUAAUAGUAAAUUCAGUCCAGCUUUUAUCUUUUUGCUGAGUUCAAAGGCUGGUGGAGUAGGACUGAAUCUGGUUGGAGCAUCUCAUUUGAUCCUGUAUGAUAUCGACUGGAAUCCAGCUACAGAUAUUCAGGCAAUGGCUAGAGUAUGGAGAGAUGGUCAGAAACAUACUGUAUAUAUCUACAGACUGCUAACCACAGGCUCAAUAGAAGAAAAGAUCUAUCAAAGACAGAUCAGCAAACAAGACCUUUCUGGGGCAGUUGUAGACCUUUCCAAGACAUCUGAACACAUCCAUUUUUCCAUUGAGGAGCUUAGAAAUCUCUUUACUCUUCAUGAAGAUUCCACCUGUGUUACCCAUGACUUGCUUGAGUGCGACUGUAUGGGAAAGAAAGACCAUCAAAGGCCAUCUUUAGGAAACCACAGGAGUCUUGAAAGGAAGAAAUUAACUGUGCAUGGAUUGUGCAGAUGGGUUGCUUGCUAUUCUACUGGCUUUCAGAUCAGCUACAAAGCUAUCCUUCCUCAGAAAAGCCUUCUGUAUCUAGAAGUUGCCAGCUUGGACAAAACCAUGGGAAGCCUCAUUCAAAGAAACCGCUCUCCAUGUCACAGUUGAUGCAAUGGAAACAUUUCUCUGGGCAACAUCAGACUCUCACUGAUCCUUUCCUUGAAAGGAUUAAAGAGAAUAUUUCUUUCAUUUUCCAGAAUGUAACCAGUCCAACUUCCACCAGCUAAUAAAACUUAAGUGCCUUUCCCUAUCACUUGCAUCCUCCUCCUCAUAGGUAAACAACUGAUCAACUGAUGUGCAGUUACCUUUUGUUCUUUUUGCCAAGUUCUGUUUUGUGUCUUUCUGACAAGGUUUCUGGGUAAAUGUGAUUCCUGAUGUUUAUACAAAGUUACAGUUAUUACUAAGUUAAUCAUACUUAUUAUAUUUAUAAUACAGGUUUUUAAAGCUAACUUUGCUUUCCAGUCUUCUGUUCCUUUGAUAACAUAAUUAGUAAGAUAGUUUUUAUGCACAUUCCUAUGUAUGUCUUUGUUUUAUAGUUUUCAUUUGAUCGUGAUGAUUUAUUGCUUGUAAAGCUGGCAACUCUUCAGCCAAAUUUUGUAAGAUUAGGCAAUGCUGUAUGCAUGUAUAUGCUGUUAACAAGACUCUGGUUGGAUUUUUGUUUUGACAAUGAAAAGUUAUGUAUCUGUAUAACUGUGGCUUUAUAACAAGGUAGGUAUUUGUUCCCUUGAAUUUAAAAUUUAAUGAAACUCAGAGCAAUAGCCACUGAGGUCCAAAAUUCUGAGACCACAGCUUGAUACUGUGACAAAAUAUUCCAAAAUUCUCCUAUUGCUUUUACUUGAGAAAAUAAAAAACCUUAUUUCUCAGA